AUGUCGUCUGUCUUUGAGGAUUCGUUCGUUAUACUCGGAGACGAUGCGUCUGAGUCAGUUCCGGUCUCAGGUUCCUUUGACACCACUACUGACAACUCCUUCUCAGCCUACGACAGCGGCUCAGUCCAAAUCGAUGACUCGAUCGAUGAUGUCUUCGCGGCUCCGUCUCCGGAUUACGGCGCUUACUCGAACGGAGACGGCGUCUUCGGAUCCAACGGUGGACACGACGGUCCGAUUCUCCCACCGCCGUCGGAGAUGGAAUCGGAUGAGGGAUUCGCUCUCAGAGAAUGGAGAAGACUAAAUGCAAUUCAACUUGAGGAGAAGGAGAAGAAGGAAAAGGAAGUGAGGAACCAAAUACUUGAGGAAGCAAACCAAUUCAAAGAGGAUUUCCACAAGAAGAGGGAACUCGCUUGUGAAAACAACAAAGCAGCUAACAGGGAGAAGGAAAAGCUGGCUGUGGAGACACAAGAGAAGUUCUAUGCGGAAGCCAGCAAGAACUACUGGAAGGCAAUAGCUGAGCUAGUUCCUAAGGAGGUUCCCACUAUAGAGAAGAGAAGAGGGAAGAAAGAGCAAGACCCUAAGAAGCCAUCAAUCUCUGUGAUUCAAGGUCCAAAGCCCGGUAAGCCAACCGAUCUUGCAAGAAUGAGACAGAUAUUGCUGAAGCUCAAACAGAACCCGCCUGCUCACCUGAAACUCUCUCCUCAACCUCCAUCAGAGGCGGCUGCUCCUACUCCUCCUCCAAAGAAUGUUCCAGAAACCAAGCCCACCGAGGCUGUUGCUGCUACUUAA